AUGGGGCUACAAGGAUGCAAACAAAGCUGGAAGGAAAUCGAAGACAGGAUAAACAGCAACCAUUUGGAACUUAUUUACAGCAAUGAGGAUCCGCCUACAUAUUUGCACUACAAUGGAACCAGAACAACUCCUGAUUUACUCUUGGCUUCAAGCGACAUCAGUGAGCUUACACGCCGCAAAAUAAUUGACGAUCCUCGUUCUGGUCACAAACCAGAUAUUGCCAGUAUUGCCAUCAGUUCUGGUCACAAACCAGUCAUUGCUAGUAUUACCUUUGGUCAAAGCAUGACAGGGAAAGUGCCAACUAAGCUAUCAUGGAAGGUCAAGAAGGCAGAUUGGUCAAGAUUCACUAACAUUUUAGACAAUGAACUUCACACAAGUCCCCUCAACUUCAACUAA